AAAGGUAGAAAAGUGAAGCUGAAACAGAAUUCUGCAUCGCUUUUCUUUAUGAGAAAAGAUUUUGUCUUUCUUCUCAGUAUUGUAUUUGAGACAAAUGUUUAUCCGUUAUUUAUAGUCAGUGUGCUUGCAUAUCACAACAGGCUGCAGGAACGUUCGUUCCCUGGGCUAAUCUUAAUCUUCAGUUUACUCUUCCAACUGAAUGCUUCUGAUGUGAGGCUUCUUGACAGGAAGCAUGACCUCAUUCUGCCUCUGUGCUUCUGAUUGCAUGGGCUGUUUUCAAAAGGAAACAAGGGACUUCACAGCCCUGCCCUUCCAAAAACUCAGUGCAGUUCUGCUCCAGGAAGCUGCAGAAAGAACACCCUACACACACGUCUCAAAGGCUCUGGUGUUGAUGAGAAACUUUUUGACAUACAUUUUUUCAUUGUGAAAUGGAUUUUCCAGGCAAUCCACAUUACCUGUUGUCCUGAGUGUAUGAACCAGUCCUUUUCAAGAUGUAUGGAGUGUCACAUGUUACAUCAACACCACGAGGAAGUUCAAAAGCAUUUGAUGGAGAACACAGACACAGCCUCUCAGAACAUAUUUAUCAAAGUUAUGCUUGCACCUUUCUCGAUGAUGGCACUGCCUACAGGUGCUGUUUCACAAGCCCUUCAAGAGGCUCCCUCUUCACAUGUCGCCGCAGCCCUCGGCUGCUUUCCAAUGGUUAUUACAUUUUGACAGAAGACAGCUUUCUGUCUGAUGAAGAUGGCAACAUAACACUGUCACCAUCCCAGACAAGCGUUACCUAUAAAGAGAACUUAGUUCGGAUAUUCCGUCGAAGGAAGAAAAUACGACGCUCUCUUACCAGCUUGUUCAGUCUCAGUGCCUCCGGCCAGUGGCUCAGCAGCACUAUUCUCAACACUAUGGUUUCCUCCCAUGUAGACGAUCCUUGGCCUGACAAAUGCAGUGAACUACAGGCCAGUCAGACUGAUACUGACACUUCAGACCUUUCUUGUGAAUAUAACAUCUUAGUGCCACAAGAGCAAAUUCCAGCAUCUGCUGGUGCCUCUCUUACCAAAGAUGAGGAGCUUAUUGAGCCUGGGAAAUCACUAUGUGCCUCACCAACCUGCUCUCCGUUUAUGAUAAAUGGAAAUGAAGAUACACUGAACAAGACAGAAUCCAAUUCACUGCCAAAUUUUCUGGCUCAGAUCGCUGCACUGAUGGUGUGUUUAAUCAUUUCAGUAUGUACAAGGUAUUUUCUGGGACGAUUGUCUGCCAUUUUGUUGUUGAUAAUUUUAGUCUUUCUUGUGUCCCAAGAUGCUGCUCUGUCAUCUUUCUUCAGUCUUGUCGCAUCUUUCAAAACAACUAAGUUUGGUAAGUAACACUAAUGUAAUGAAUAAUGUAAUUUAGAAAUUUUAUACUGAGAGAAAGGAGAGCCUCCUUCUGUUGUUUUCAUGGCAAAAGAUAGAAGGCGUGAUCUGAAAUUAUUGAUGCAGGUUUCUUUUUUUGUGUUACUGAUUUGUAUUCAUAGAAACUUUCUAUUUACUUUGAAAAACUGAGUUUUAAUGAUGUGCAAUAAAUGUUGUAACAGUUCACAGAAAAUGAAGAUGAACAUAGUAUGCCAUAACAUGAGCAUGCAGAGACAUGAACGUAACAAGAUGUGCCUCAUUAACCCAGUGCACCAUUAAGUUCAGUACAGAGUUUUGCCUUUGGCUUGUACCAUAGUCUGAGAAAUGUUUUAGAAAUGCUAAGUCUGAUGAAUAAAGGUGCUGAUGUUAUGCUUUUUCAGUCUGAUUUAUAUCAAAGUUUUGGACAGAGCUAUAGCUUCUGGAUCCUCCUGGAGUAAAAGACUUGCAGAGUCGUAGUUCUGAACCGCAUCUUCAGAACAGCUCAUGAAUAUAUCUCCUUGUUGCAAAAGUGUAUGCAGGAUUGAUGAAUUACUUUUAUUCCACUUUCUAUGCAGAGGAAAGUUCUUCUGAAUAUGUCAAAAAUGCUGCUAAGACUGAAACCUUUGGGCUUACUUGAAUGUGUAGUGAAAGUCAAGCUCAAAAGGACAUUCUUUCUAGUACAAUGUCAGGGUUCAGGAGUUGAGAUAUGUCAAGGGCAGCAGGACAAAUACGGCAUAUCUCUUGCAUUUAAAUUGAAUAUGUGGGAAAUUUGAAGCAACAAGGAAAAACCUGGAGAACAUUUUGGAACACAUCUCAAAUACUAAAAUACAGUAUGUUACCCUUUGUUACUAUGUCAUUAUUCAAAAUGAAAUCAGGGCCACCCAUGCUCCAAUGUAUGGCUUUCUGACUUUCUGAAUAUUUCAGCCCAGAGUCGUAAACAAAACUGUUCUUCACGAGAAGGAGAAAAAUACAGUCUGAGAGCUUUUCAGUCUCUGGGGUACAGAGAAUACCUCUUUUACAUAAUGUGAGAAAAGUUAUCCUCUCAAACAAGCAAUCCAAAAGCAUGACCAUAUUUGGCAAAUUAGAAUCUACACAAUAUACUAUAACAAACUGUUGUGUAGAUCAGAAUGUACAAAAAUGUGUUUGUUUGUUUGUUUGUUUUUGUUUGUUUGUUUGUUUUUCGCUUGACAGGAAUAAUUGAAAAGAAAGAAUAGUUGGUGAGUACAUGUUUAAGUCUAGAAAGAAUUUGACACAUUUUGGGAAGCCACAUCCCAGUCCUGGUUCCCUUUUUUUCUUAGGUCUCUUUGAGUUGCUAAGACAAAAAUGAAAAGAAAGAACUAAGUGGUGCUGUGACCAUGUUUGUGUUCUUCACAGUGUGGAUGAAACAGCCUUGUUCAUCAGUUCCUGGACGAGUCCAUUCAGCUUCUGAGAUCUAAAGGCGGCUGCACAGCUGCAGAUGCAACCUGGAAAACCCUUGAGAAAGUCCUCAGAAAGAGGAGGCUCAUCCUGAGAACAAAAGUUUUCAGAACUUCAUGCAGGCACUUGAUCACUCUGCACAGUAUGAAAGUCAAUGAUGAAAAAUACAACCUGUUCAUCCACAGUGGACAAUAGAUAGGGCACUUCUCACAGUCAGUGGGAUUGUUUAUAUAAGGACUAGAACACCAUAGCUUCAAAGCUGAUUUUUAUUUGAAGGCCAGAAUCAAUAUUACCCAAAGCAGGCACUGUAGGACUGACUGGUGUUGCUUCCAGCAUUUCAAAACAAGCUCUCCUCUUACCUUGUACAGAAACUUAACGACAGAGCAGUUAAUUCUGUGCAUUCUAUUAUCAGCUCACUGAUUGUUUUCAUUUUUCUGCCUCCUCAAACUUAUUUCCCUCAGCUCUUUGGACCAGACUACUAGAAACCUCCUUAUAGACACCAUUACACAAGUUUCUAUGGAAAAAAAUAACAAUUUUUUGUGUUUUUCCUUUAAAAUGCAAACUAUUUUAGCUUUAUUUAUAUUUUAUUUUAUUCUGUGUGAUGUCACAUUUCUUGGUGAUCAUCUGCAAGCAGUCAUGCAAAACCAGAGACCUCUAGUCUCUUAUGUCAAUGAGGUACUACAAAAAGAUGGAGUCCUGUAAGCACUUUGAUAGUGGACUCAUUGUAAAAGUGUUCAGCAAUCCUCAUUAAUUUUGCAUUUGAUAAGCGGCUGAUGUCUUCAAAUGCUUCAUAUAUAUUAAUUUAUUGUAAUGCUUUGCUGCUAAAGACAGUUGGUUUGGAUAGAGACUUAGGACCUGUAGUAACCAUAUUUCAGAAGCAUUAUUGUAUCAUGUGCACAUUUCCUUUUGGCUAUCAUACCAUUAUCCUGAGCACCGUAAAAAGAGAGAAAAGGAAGAAGGAAAUGUAAGAAAACAUAAACAUUAAUGGGUGUGAAAUUAGUGCCUAAUUAUUAGAAGGAAAGCACUCUUCAGAAAACUAGCAAUCAGAAUUUGGAAAAGCAAUGAUGAAAUUCAUUCAAUAUUGAAAUUCUACCUGGAUUUAGAUAGGAAAAAAAAAAAAAAAUACAAGACCCGCAGCUAUUAACUAUGCUUUGGAAACAUUGAGCCUGAUUUUUCAAGUUGGAUCUUUGUCACCAGAGAGACUAAAUCAUACAUAGAUCCUGUGGGCAACUAAAAACCGCUUUUUGUGACUCCAAGCAUUUAAUAAUCUGCUUCUUCAAAUAUCUCCCUGUAUGCCAGUUUAGGUAGGACGGCAUGGGUUUCAUGUUCCUGUGCAACAGAACGAUGAUAUGUGAGCAUUCUGUUGCCCACCAGAUCACUCUAUAACUACUGUUGCUAAUCAUCUGCCUCUCCUCUGCUUUGCUAAAAGUGAUGUUAGCACAGCCCCAGCUGAUACAUCAGAUGUGAGAUAGUGGCUGUGGAAGUAGUAUUGCCAAUAGAGUACAAUCAGGCUGGCAGGCACAAUGACUGGGAUUUCAAAACUGUAGCAGGAAAACAUACGAUAAGGGUGCUGGUAGAAGAAUCAACAAAACUCAAACACCACUCUCUGUCCAACUCUGCCUAAGCCAAGGUCAAGCACACUAUGGCUGUAUUUCUAGCACCGAAAAUCCAAAGAAGUGUGGCAAUGAAGAAAAGUAUACAUCCAGUCAUUUAAUAUGUACAUUUCUCUUUCAAAUGGUAAAUAAAUAUAUGCUGGUUAUAUUUUGAAGUGAAGCAUAAAGAGCUCAAGCAGGGAAAUUUCGCCCAAAUUAAAAUGUUUGUUCAGUAAUUUACAGUUGCUCAGUGUAUUACAUUGAUCUUUUGUGAAUGGAGACUGAUGUAGCAAGACACAGUUUUAUAGUUGCAAUAAAAGGUGAACUUUUUUUUUUUCUUAAGACUUAUGCAUUGUGUAGGUAGCUAGUACAGUAUUAACAUACUUAUAUUUAUUUGUACUUAAUGCACUUCAGUACUUAAGUCCAUUCUAUUCUGCUUUAUUUUCUUUAACUAUAAAGACAACUGAGGGUAUCAUUGUGUAAUAUUUAAAAAUAUUUUUUGUUAGCUAUUUUAUUUCUAGAUAUAUCAGGUCCUUUACUUAGUACAUUUAAAAUGAAAGGAUUAAAAGAUCUUUUGUGUUUAAAUAAUUUCCUGAAAGAAUAAACUGGAAAAAUACCAUCCUGUCCUGGUAGAAAAGUCUAGGACUGCAGCUACCCUUGUAGUUACAGAAGUGACAUGCUGAAACGCAGGAAAGCUGAAGCUCACUGUAAAUUAGUGGAGAUACAAGAGCAAGUGAAGAAAAAGCUGAUAAAGCUUGCUAAAAAUUUGGUGUAGCAUGAACUGCUAUAAUCUGUCUGUGAAAAAAUAUAAGCUGUAAACUACAAGUGUUCUGAUCAGGAGAGGGGGAAGUUCUGGAACAAUUUUGCAAUCGGAGUUCAAGGACUAAAAAUAAGAUGUGUGGGAUCUGCUAAGAGAUGCCCUCUGCAAUAUUCAUCAGUGUUGAAUUAACAAAAUUCUAUUCAGUUAUCAAACUGCUUAUGUUCGAUUGUUUCCUUUCAUAUAUUCCAAUGGACAGAAAAGUAAUUUGGGAAAGCAGUUCCCUGAAAAGAAGUACAGCAAUAUGGUAUGUUCAGUCCUAUUGAAAGAUAAACUGAAUCCAAAAUUUAUCUGACGAAAAACUGAAGAAAACAUUUUCUAGCCUAAAUGUUUAAACCCAGGCUGUUGGAGAUAAUUAGAAUUUGCAACUUCUGCUAACUAGAGAAUCAAGCCUAGGAUAAUUCUGAACAGUAAUUCUAGUAAAAUCGAACCGUUUUUAAUUUGUUAAUUAACAGAUGCAUCUACAAACAGAGAGGACUACUACAAUUUUAUUUUUGUCCUCGGUGAUUAAAUUCUUAUUCAGCUUUAAUAUAGCACCUUAUUUAAAAAAAAAAUAAAAAAUCAGAGAAGAAACUCAAGAUUGAGAUUUAUAACCCCUAUGCCUUUUAUUUCUUGCUGUGUUCAGCUGAAUUCCAAGGGCAUUCUUGAGUAUAUAUAUAUAUAUUCACUUAAUAGUGAAUAUGUUUGUGUUGAAAAGAACAGCAGCAAGCAGAAUGAUAAUAGCUUAUAAUGUUGCUAGUGUGUGACCAAGUCUGCUUAGUAUUUGUCCUGAAAGUAAUGCAUACAGAAGUCAAACCAUAUGGACUAAGAUUAACAUCUUGACUUAAGUGGUAUUAAAUGAUGCAGACAAUAGGCAUGGUCAUUCAGUCCAUUUCUGCAGAAUAUAUUCCUUGGUGUAUUAUUAUUAUUAUUAUUAUUUUUUUUUUGGCAAAUUAGCCGCAGCAUUUUGUAAACACUGUUGUGUAUUUUAAUAUAUACAGUGCAAAACUGUUAUUUCAUUUUAUAUUAUUGCUUUUGUACAUUUAUCAUGCUUCCAUUUGCUUGUCCACCUAUCAUUUACAUAGCUGUAAAGUUGUUCUUUUUCACAUAUUUUUCCUGUAUUUGUCAUCAAUGAUGCAAUAAUUCCAAUAAAUACUUCCAAAAAAUUUGUUAUUUGUCAUUUUCUGACCUGCCCUGUAGGCUGUGUGCUAUUUGGACAAGAUUUAUUGGUACUCUCGGGUGAAGAUGAAAACCUAAUUUUGUUAGUUAUUAUGUAAUUGUUAGCAACAUAGCAUGUAAUUAUAAUUACAGUAAUGAUAACAACAACAACAACAACAAAACACAAUAAUUAAAUAGGAAGGAAAGAAAAAGACAUAGUUCCAGAUUCUGAAUGGGUAUCAAUCAGCUGAUUUCCAUCUCAGCCUCUGAUCUGCAGCAUUUUAAUAGUUAAGAUUUGUUCAUGACAAUCAAUUUGCUAAGGUUACAGCACUUUACAUGAGUAUAUUCUGCACAUGUUCAGGACACUUCUGAUGCACUGCAGUGAUAAUGCUAUAAAGCUAAUUUUGUUCUGAUGUGGAAUGAUUAUUUUAUAUUGCAUUGCUUUAUGUGUGUAACAAAUAAACUUAUAAUGUAUUAAAGCAGUAAAGUGAAUUAAUUCAAGGAAUGAAUUCCAAAUGAAUUCCAGAUGGGACACUUUUUCUUCUUUCUCAACUCCAUUCUCCUGUUUGCAGUGUGGACAUUAUCUCUGUCAUGGAUAUUGUCUCAUGCUGAGAAUGCAUGUUACUUGAAGCUCUUAGUACACAACUAGUACAAAUAACUGCAUAAGAGUAGUGAACACAGUAAUAUUCAUGUGGGUAAACAUAAAGUUUAGACUUGUAUUUGAAAAUAAGUGAAUGCAGAAGUCACUUCAGAAUCUACAUAGCAUUUCACUUCCAUAUUAUGACCAAAGCAGGAAGCACUGCCCAGGUUAUGAGGUCCAUUGUGGCACAUACAUACAUACAUAGCAUCUUGGGAUUGCACAAGAUAUUUGGUGGCAUAUUUAGGGGGAUUAACACAGUUUGGGGAGGAGCAGGCAUAGGAAAACAGGGACUAAGAACAUAAAGGGGUUUGCAGGGGUGGUUGUGGUUUGAUACACUCGUCUGCCAUACACAUCUUGUGCCUCAUCAGAGCAGUCUGUCUUAUCUCCUUAUUUAACCCCAUUUCUAACUCCUCCUAGGUAAAAGCCUCUCUGGUGUGCAUGUGUGUGUAUGAGGGUCUGAGUGCAGCAACUGGAGUGGGACCAGGAUAACAGGAGUGAGUGAGGGUGCUUCAGCAUCAGCAGGAGUCUCCACAAAGCAAGUAGCUCAGAUGGCCCAGGAGCUGGGCACGUUUCGCUCUGUGCCUGCUGGGAAUACAUGUUCAGGCUCACUGCUGGCUGGAAUUAGGGGCAUGGAGCUGCAGCAUCCCUGCAGUAUUGCUUCUGUAAAGCUGCCAGACCUGGCAGCUCUCAGUCAAAUUUCAA